CCUUUGUCCUUCCCUAUGUCUGCCCCCGUUCUGCCUUCCCCUCUCCUCCCCUCCCCAGCUGUGGGCUGAGCUAGAGACGGGGGCAGAGAGACUGGAGAGAUGGUAGGCGUGGCUGAGGUCUCCUGUGCCCAGGCAGAAAGCAGCGAGAAGCCCAACGCUGAGGACAUGACGUCCAAAGAUUACUACUUUGACUCCUAUGCUCACUUUGGCAUCCACGAGGAAAUGCUGAAAGAUGAGGUCCGCACCCUCACGUAUCGAAACUCCAUGUUUCACAACCGGCACCUUUUUAAAGACAAGGUGGUGCUGGACGUGGGCUCGGGCACAGGGAUCCUCUGCAUGUUCGCUGCCAAGGCCGGGGCCCGCAAGGUCAUCGGGAUCGAGUGUUCCAGUAUCUCUGAUUAUGCGGUGAAGAUCGUCAAAGCCAACAAGUUAGACCACGUGGUGACCAUCAUCAAGGGGAAGGUGGAGGAGGUGGAGCUUCCGGUGGAGAAGGUGGACAUCAUCAUCAGCGAGUGGAUGGGCUACUGUCUCUUCUACGAGUCGAUGCUCAACACCGUGCUCUACGCCCGGGACAAGUGGCUGGCACCUGAUGGCCUCAUCUUCCCGGACCGAGCCACGCUGUAUGUGACGGCUAUCGAGGACCGGCAGUACAAAGACUAUAAGAUCCACUGGUGGGAGAACGUGUACGGCUUUGACAUGUCUUGCAUCAAAGACGUGGCCAUCAAGGAGCCCCUGGUGGAUGUGGUGGACCCCAAGCAGCUGGUCACCAACGCCUGCCUGAUAAAGGAGGUGGACAUCUACACGGUCAAGGUGGAAGACCUGACCUUCACCUCCCCCUUCUGCCUGCAAGUGAAGCGGAAUGACUACGUGCAUGCGCUGGUGGCCUACUUCAACAUCGAGUUCACCCGCUGCCACAAGAGGACCGGUUUCUCCACCAGCCCUGAGUCCCCAUACACGCACUGGAAGCAGACGGUGUUCUACAUGGAGGACUACCUGACGGUGAAGACAGGAGAGGAGAUCUUUGGCACCAUUGGCAUGCGGCCCAAUGCCAAGAACAACCGUGACCUGGACUUCACCAUUGACCUGGACUUCAAAGGCCAGCUGUGUGAGCUGUCCUGUUCCACCGACUACCGGAUGCGCUGAGGCAGCAUCCGGCUUCUCCCACCCCGGCCGGGCCGGCCCUGCAAGGGCCCAGGGGCUGCAGCGUUCUUAGGCAGUUUCGGGGCUCCCCCUUCCUCUCCCUCCCUCCCACAGAAGGGGGUUUCCGGGGCCUGGGCCAGGGGCGGGGAGGGGGGCGGGCACAUCGUGACUGUGUUUUUCAUAACUUAUGUUUUUAUAUGGUUGCAUUUACGCCAAUAAAUCCUCAGCUGGGACGGCUCAGCUUCCUGGGGGCGAAGUGGGGUUGGGGUUCCGUCCACAGGUGCUGAGAUGCCAGGCACCCAGAGCGUGGGGACAGCGCCUGCUGGUGGCUGCCGGUUUCUGUCACCACUUCUGUGUCUCUGGGUCUUACUACACCUCCACCCCACCCCCGCCGUCUCUGGGGUUCCACAGCCCUGCUCUCAAGUCUUUGUCCCACCUCUGCCCUCAGGUCACUCGCAGGGCCUUCUCCACUGGCUCUCGGGGUCUGUGCCCCCCACCUCCCUCUCUCUCAGGCCUCCUGAGGCCCUGGUCCCUCUUGUCCCCACUGGGCCAGACUCCUGCUCCCAGCUGCCCUGCUGGGCUGGGGGAGGGCUGGAGUGUGGGUUCCCGGCACAGCUGGGCCCUUAAGUUCCUCAGAAAGCUCUCUCCCGCCUUCCCCCAUCAC